AUGACUGCUUCUAUUGCAAGACCAUUGGUCCACUCUUAUUCUGAGGUUGACGGAAAGACCGUCAUUGCGUCGGUUCCUCUUCCACAAGUCUUCAAAUGCCCGAUUCGCCCAGAUGUGGUAAACUUUGUUCAUACCAAUCUGGCCAAAAACAGCAGACAGCCAUACGCUGUCUCCCGAAUUGCUGGCCACCAGACCUCUGCUAUUUCUUGGGGAACUGGUCGUGCAGUCUCGCGUAUUCCGCGUGUUUCGGGAGGAGGUACUCAUCGUGCUGGUCAGGGUGCGUACGGAAACAUGUGUCGAGGCGGAAGAAUGUUUGCACCCACCAAAAUAUGGCGCCGCUGGCACCGUUGUGUAAACAUCAAUCAACGUCGUUAUGCCGUUGUUUCAGCGAUUGCAGCUUCUGCUGUUCCCUCGCUUGUGAUGGCUCGCGGGCAUCGUAUUGAGAGCAUUCGCGAAGUUCCGCUUGUUGUGUCAGAUAUUCUCGAGUCUAUCUCGACUACCAAGGCCGCAGUUGCUUUUCUUAAGGCUGUAAACGCAUUUGCAGACGUUGAGAAAGUUUCUGAUUCAAAAAGACUUCGUGCUGGAAAAGGCAAAAUGCGUAACCGUCGCUUCAGAAUGCGAAAAGGCCCCCUUGUUGUUUAUUCAAAGGACCAGGGCAUCACCAAAGCCUUCAGAAGCAUUCCUGGCGUUGAGCUGCUCCCAGUGACCGCUUUGAAUCUCCUAAAGUUGGCACCUGGUGGCCAUCUCGGUAGAUUUGUUAUUUGGACCCAAUCUGCCUUCUCUAAGCUUGACGCAAUCUAUGGUGUCGGCGGAGAAACAUCUGAAUCCAAGAAAAACUACUCGCUCCCUGAGCCUGUGAUUUCAAAUCCAGAUAUCUCGCGCAUUAUCAAUUCAGAGGAAAUCCAGUCUGUUCUUAGACCAAUAUAUCCAAAGAGAACCUCCAAGGCACCUCUUAAGCAUAAUCCACUUAAGAACAAAAAGGCUAUGAUUGCACUGAACCCCUUUGCCGCCGCAUCAUCAUCAUCAUCAUCCAAGUAA